AUGAAUGCCGAUGGAGAGGAUCCCAUUAAGGCAACUGAAUCAUAUGAAGGAACUGUUUCUAGAAGUGAAUGGAUUCCUGAAGUAGAAGAAUCUAAAAAACCAAUUGUAGGGAAAACUAUAUUCUCUUCAUUGGAAGAAGCCUAUGAAUUUUACAAUAACUAUGCAAGAUGUGCUGGUUUUAGUGUUAGGAAAUGCUCUUGCAAGUAUGCUAGCGAAAGUAAGAUGGAUGAUAGCAGCAGUGAAAUGGAAGAUGAAUUAAACUUGAAGAAAAAUAGAUUGAUAGUUUGGAAAAGAUUUUUAUGUGCGGGAGAGGGAAAUAUAGAUCAGAAGGCACAAAAGAAAAAAGGCCAACUAAAAAGGAGAAGGGGUGAAACAAGAGAUAAUUGUCCUGUCGUUAUGAUUGUGGCAUUUCAAAAAUCCAUUUCUAAAUACAUAGUUAAAAAAUUCAUUGAGGUGCAUAGUCAUGACCUGGCCACACCUCGUAAGAAGCAUCUAUUGAACUCCCAUCGUAGGGUGACGAAAACGCAGAGAAGCUUACAAGACGACUUCCAAGCAUCCAACAUUAAGAUGACACAAACAAUGGCCGUUCUUUCAGCACAGUUGGGUGGGUACGAAAAUAUAGGUUGCAUUGAAAAAGACUUGACAAAUUAUGAAAGGGAUAAGAGACAGAAAUCCAAGGGUCGUGAUGCUCAAAUGUUGUAUGAACAUUUUGAAGAAAUGAAGGAGUUACAUCUAACAUAUGAAUAUGAAGUGAAAGUUGACGAAGAAAAUAGCUUAUUAAAUUAUUUUUGGGCUGAUCAUAUUACACAAAGUACUGAGAAAUUAGGAGCCAUCGCACAUAGGGAUGAAUUUAUUCGACCAUUCAACGAUUGUGUAUGGAAUUCGCAAAUGUCUGAAGAUUUUGAAGAUUCAUGGGAAAAAUUGAUGACAGAGAAUGGUAUGUCAAGUAGCCAGCGCAGCAAAAGUAUGAAUGCAUUCUUUCGUAGUUAUAUCUCGAAGUGUAAUUCAUUUAUAGAUUUCAUUGUUCGGUUUGAUAGGGCACUUGCUCGCCAAAGGCAUAACGAGCUUGCUGCAAAUCAUGAAACAAUAAGUAGUAAGCCAAAGUUAAAAAUGUCAUGUGAAAUGGAAAAAGUAAUGGGCGAGACAUACACGAGGAGGAUAUUUUAUAAAUUUCAGAAUGAAUUAUUUGAAGGAUUGGAUUAUGUUGCAGAAGGUGAAAGGGAAAAUGAUGAUAUUUAUGUCCAUAACGUAUUCAAAGUUGCAAGCUUGGAAGAAAACGACUACGACUGA